UUUCCAAUGAACGCUUCCCGAGCCCUCUGCUUUGGGUCGGAUUACUCAGAGAAUGGCAGUGGUUUCGGCAAUGUCCUGGGUCCUGUAUUUGUGGAUAAGUGCCUGCGCUGUCCUGCUCUGCCAGGGAUCCUUCCAUCACACUUUCCAGCAGCAUCACCUGCACAGACCAGAAGGCGGAACAUGUGAAGUUAUAGCAGCACACAGAUGUUGUAAUAAGAAUCGGAUCGAGGAGAGAUCACAAACAGUAAAAUGCUCCUGUCUACCUGGGAAAGUGGCUGGGACAACACGGAACAGACCAUCGUGCGUUGACGCAUCGAUAGUCAUUGGGAAGUGGUGGUGUGAGAUGGAGCCCUGCCUAGAGGGUGAGGAGUGCAAGACAUUACCUGACAAUUCAGGGUGGAUGUGUGCAACCGGCAAUAAAGUCAAGACCACCAGAAUUCAUCCGAGGACCUAAUAAAGAGUCUUCUCACGGCAGCCAGUGACGGAUCCCCUGACAGACGGAGGACAAACAUCUUUAUAGUUUAAACCAUCUCCAGCUUUUACAAGCCAAGUGGAUUUUUUUUAAUUUGCACUUUAACUCUGUACUGGAGGAAACGACAGCAGCUUUCUUUGUGUGGACUG